CCCGAAUGUGUAGGACAUAUAUAGGGGCUCAAGCUUAUCUCUGUAGACCCUUGGAAACUGUGACACUAACAUGUAAUCAACAACAUUUGUUGACAUCUGGACAUUCUAGCAGGUUUUGUGUCUACUUUGCUGUACCCUUGGAAUUGUGAAAUUAUGUCCUGGAGACUUUCAAGUGUGUGUCCCGGCUUGCUACAACCUGCUUAAUGUUUGAAGUACUUCCCGGUAGUCAAAGAGAUAAUCCACCUUUGAUAAGUCUACUCUGUGGGCGGUGUGCGGGGUGAAAGAAAAGUUGAAAUCAUGAGUUGCAGUGUCGCAUAUCAAGACACAUUUCAGCUAAGUUGCAUCUUCCCUGAAAAUGUGGAAAAUGCCUUUGCAGUCUUCUACAGCCCGGAUUCUGGCAGUGAAAGAAUGGUCGUCAACUGUGUCCAACAUCAAGAACUUGAGUGCAACAACGAACGAGGCUUCUUCUCCAAACUAUCAGCCCCCGAUCGUGCAGAAAUCACUCUUCCUGAAAGUUUCAAGAAACAAUAUGGGAGCUUCAGGUGUGAGAUACCAGGCCUGCCUUCAGAAAAAAUAAAAACAUGCCAGUGGUCUCCUCCAGUUCUUGACCAUUCUGGGGUUUUCAGUGCGCAGACCUCUGAGGACUCAUCGUCUUUACGAGGCAGUUCGGAAACUUCUAUAAAUACAGAUGACACUGGGAUAUACAUUGGUGUUGGUAUUGGACUCUUUUCACUCGUCAUCCUGAUUUUGGUCAUUGUCAUCCUGCUGGUCAAGAGGAUCAAGCUUAGAAGAAAUAAUAAUCCAGAAGAGCCUGACAAUUCUAACCUGUGGUCAAAAAUAAGUCAAGCUGGCAGUAGAGAGUGGGUGCCAUGUAUAUCUCCCCCUCCCCUUGCUCUGAACGAGACGAAUUUGGAAGGAUACUACACUGCUGAAAUAUCACUAUCCCCACAACAAUCUCGUCUGAUUCAUACGGAUCCUCCAAGAGUGUUUCUGGCAGGACCACCUGGCACAGGUAAAACAGUGGUGCUGCUACUGAAAGCUAUUCAGUGGCUUGGAGGUGGCCACGACGUGUGCGUUGUCAGCACCGGAUGGUGGAGCCUCGCCGCCUCCAAAAUGUUGUUCUUUCUACUGCAGCAGAGUAAAAAAAAGAUUCAGGAAGAAAAAUUAUCACCUGGUCAGGUUCACUUCCUACAAUAUAAUUUCAAUGACCAAACAGGCGAACAAAUCAACAAAGCCGUACAGGACUUGUCAGAUGCGGCGAAAGAUCGAUCAUUGUACAUCAUUGCUGAUGAAGCCAGACCUGAGAAAUGGUGUGAAAGUACCAACUUCAAAAUGUUCUGCGACAUGCUUAUUGGACGUGUCCCUUUUCUAUACAUUUGGGCUUCAAGUUACUUCAUUAAAGACCAGACUGAUCUUUGUCGAGUGGAAUAUCUCACAAUCCCUUUCCGCUACCCGUCACCGGUUCUGAAGGAAGUCGAGCGGGGGAUGACAGCAGAAGUCACUCCGUACAGUCGCCCUAAUAAGCUCGUCCACCCAGAUGGCCCACCAGUCACACGAAUUCGUCACCAAAACCACUCGGACGGACCCAUCGAGGACUGUCCAACAUGUGGUCAGAAAAUAGCCAACUUCUUACACAGCCUCCGAGCUAAUGUUACGGCAAAUACAAGAAGUUCCGGAAGUACGAUACCACCUGCCGGUAUUCAUUGGAAAGACGUUUUGUUGCUGACCUCGGAUAAGAUUGAUGAAAACUUAGAAGUAGUGAAACUACUGAAACAGAAGCGUAUUCCUGUGAGGGUGAUGGAGAGAGAUAACUUCAUCAAUGACUUGGCUACGGCUAGUGAUGACGUGGUGUGGGUGGCGAACGGAAACAAUGUCCGAGGGUUGGAGAGAAAAGUCGUUGUCUGCCUGAUGGGAGAUAACCGCGAGAACAUCCGGCUGUGUCACAUGGCCCGGUGUACGUCACAACUGGUGAUCGUUGAUCAUUGUAGAAAUGUGGAGACAGAGGUCAAAAAACCAAAACCUAAACGCAUCAGAUGCAUCAUUUUGUAGUCAUAUGUAUAGUCAACACUGUGUCUGUUUCUGUCCCUUCACCUGAGGGAAGAUUUUCUGUGAUGAUUGAAGUCCAAUGAUUGUCUCGUUUACCUGAGAUAUAACUUACCUCACAUAAUGAUAAUGAAUAUUGAUGUGAUUGUUGAUAACGAUUAUUGAUGUGAUUGACGAUGAUUAAAAUGCCAUUUUAUCGUUUUAUAAGGAACGAGGUGAACUAAAAUGUUGUAGAAGCUAGAUACUUUUUUUUUCAUGGUUUUUGUUUGUAUAUAUCUGAAGAGAGACAUGCAAUGGCUUGAGCUGUUUUAGAAUCGGUGUCAUAGUGAAGAUGUCAAGAUAAUAAAGUUCAGUGUGUUUUAAUAUUUACACAAAAGAAGAAUUGUCCCUAACUCUUUUGACAUGUGUCUCCAAAGUUACUUUUUUGUAUCAUCAAAUGUGUUUUUAAAUAAAAUAAGCAACAC